CAAAAAGAAGAAGAACCAAUGCUAAUAUUUAUUUUUAAUUUUUUUAUCAGUUUUUUAUUUUAAAGAUGUUUAUUAACGAUUCAAAGAUUAAUAACCAUUAAAAAUGGUAGUAAUGGGAGAAAAUAAGAAUUUUUCUUCAAAUCAUCUGGAUCAAAGUGAAUAUGAAAUACCUUAUUCAUACGACAAGAUUAAAUGGAAAUUAGGCGAAACUUACAGAAUUCGUGUCGGCAAUAUUUACGAUCCUUCAAAAUUUUGGAUAGUUCAUUUCGAAAACGAAUUAAGCUUAUUUUUCAAAUACAUGAAUAGUUACUACGAAACAAAAAAAGAGGAAUAUCGAAUGCGACCUGCAUCUAUUAAAAUAAAACGUUAUUGUGCAGCUUUUACAGAUGGUGCAUUCUACAGGGGAAUCAUAGUUGAUAUACCUUUAUUUAAUAAAAAAGAGAAACAAGUAGUAGUUUUUUUAUUUGAUUUUGGGUUUACUAAUGUCGUAACAAUUGAUAAUUUGUAUUUUCUCUGCGAAAAAAUGUAUAGCAUACCUCGGUAUGCUAUAAGAGCUCGACUACAUGGUCUCGAGCCAUUCAAAACUGAUACUUGGACCAAUAAAUCUGCUGAUACUUUUAAAGAGAUGACUCAAGGAAAAAUACUGUUAUGUGUGCUGACAGAGAUUGAUCCAGUGCUUAGAACGAUUUUUAUUAGAGUAAUGGAUGUACCGCAGUUUAAUAAGAUAGUCGAUAUUGGUCAGGUUCUGAUUAGUGAAAAAUUAGCGAAACUAACUACAUCGAGAAAAUCUAAGAAACAUAAUAAAAGUAGGCUAGUUUCCAAAGUUAGGUAUCCUUAUUUAUUCCCAUCUUUUGAGGCACUAGAAAAUGGGAAUAUGCCGUCCACUGUAUUCAUUAAUGAAUCGCUAAAACAGUGUAUAACGAGUUCCAUAUUAUUUAAACCUUAUUACAAUUUCAAUGGAGUUGAGCUUAGGGAUUAAUAUAAAUUUAAAUAAAUAUUGACACAGCGCAACAAUGUAUACCCCAGUGACCGAAAUUAUAUUGCAAACAUUAUUUUUUGUAAUUUUUACAAAUUUAUUAUAUUUUUUGGUUUUAUUUAUUAUCAUUGGACAAAAUUAUGAUGAAUAUAUUAAUUGAUUAUUAA